UGGAUAGUCGUAUGUAUUGUCCACCCAUCUCCGCCGCAUUCUAUCUUCAUCCCCAGUUCAGGAAUGUAUUGUUAUUGUUCUGUGAGUUGUGUUUGAAAAGCGGCUAAUCUCUGGCUCAGGAAUUCUUAUAUUGAUAAUGAGGCUGUUGGGACUGUUUCUCCUAUUGUCAAGCAAUUGGCAGUCGCAGACAUCAGCAGCAACAGACGACCCAGAAAAGAACUGCCCAUGCCUUCCGCCCAGACUCUGUCCGAGAAUCUUCGGCCAAUCGCCCAUUGACUCCAAACAAUUCGGUCAGCUCCCCGACUGCACCGACCUCACCACUGUCAGAUGCUGUGGCGCCUCUCUUACAGUCAUCACUGAGCACCUGGGAACCACCAAGUACGACGACGACUACCUCAGACAUGGUAAGUCGCCCGUCUAUAUACCAGCCAAAAUCAACCCGGUCCCCAUCCCAGAAAACGUCAUGCGUCAGGUCGAACAACUAGGAACUGCUGAUGAGAAAAAACUAAAUACUCAAGAAACAAGUUCAACUGUAACUCAGGAAACAAACAAUCCAGUUCACAAUGCUAUCGAGGAUGGUAAGAAAUUGAUCUUAAUUGAAAAAGCAAUUACAAGUAACGAUGUAACAACUUCCAUCCCAACAACAACUCUAGAUUCUACAACCUUGAAAGUUGAGGCUAGAAAGUGUAAUGCAUGUGAUCAAAGUGACGCUAGUACAGGUUCACCUUCCACUGGCGAAUUCACAACUACAGAAAAAUAUAUUUCAGUAAAUAACAAUGAAAUGGAUAAGAGUUCAGAUGGAAUCAUUUUGGAUGGAAAAACACGUGAACAGGUAGAGAGCACUACUGUUAUGUUUGGUGAAAGUAGUGAUCCUAGUAGCACAACAAUCUUAUCUGAUAUAAGCGCUACGACUGAUUCAGCUGAUAUCGAGAAGGGAAAGAUUGAUGGAAGCUCUAAAAUCGAUGCAGUUAAAGACCCUAAUCAAACAACUGGAUCCAGUGAGCCGGUUGCCAUAGUCAACUCUCAACCUUACAAUGUAAAAACAAUGCGUAAUCUUGAAAUGCCUCGAGAAGUCUACAUAAUAUUGCCAAAUGAAGAGACUGGUAGAAUGGUUUAUGAAAAUGUAACUGAUGAUGUGAAUAGAAAUGAAACAAGUUCUGGUACAGAUCAAUCGAAUGAAAUUCAUGAAACAGAUGAUGAUCAAAUACAAAAUGCUACCAACAGACAAGAAAUCAUCGAAAAACAUUUGGAUAGUAUUGUCUUUCAAAGCUGGGAAAAUGAAACUGAGAGUUUGACGACUGAGAAGAAUGUGAGUGCUGAUGAAGUGGUGGAGGAAGAUACAUCUAAAGGACUUCCGGAAACAACUACUGAAGCUAAAAGUAAACGACCACACAUCAGACAUAAUUUGUACACUAGAAAACCCAACUCGUCAAUUCUGAGUAGGAAUAAAAUCACUGAAGUGACUUCUUCUACAACUCCCAGUACAACUACAACAUCUGCUACUAAGAAAAACACAGUUGUUACGAAGAAAGAUGAAAGUACAAUCAGGCGUGAGGAGAUUGAAAGAAUUUCAAAUAUGACAAGAGAUCAGCUAGCUUCAGGCUCUGAAUAUGUUCCUGUGGUUGUGCGCAAACUACCCCCACCACCCCAAUUCAAAGAACCUACCAGAGCCAGAACAGAGUCCAGGGUUGAGGAGGAUGAAUCCGAAGCGCCACCAGUGAGAGUGCCUCAUUUCAGGCAUCCACCCAGGGUGCUCAAACCUGUCACCACUACAAAACAGCCACCAGUCAUACAAACUGAGGAAUAUGAUGAUGAAGAAGUAGUGGAAGAGGGUGAGGAGACUAAUAAUGACGAAGUUGUCUUGGAUGAAGAGGGAGCAAAAUUGGUGAGGACACCUCAAAGGACAAGGCAACAGCUGAUUCCUAGGAGUAGAGGCGGAAGUUUGUUUAAAAAGCCUGCAGUUGAAGAAGAUAAGAGUGUCGAUACUUCUGAGGAGGAGCGUGUAGUAGCAAUGCAUGAGUUCAAGAAGAUCAGGGGACAAAGUAAAUUCAGACAUCCAGUUAUAGAGAGCAAACCUAGCACCGAACCAACUUUGGUUAUGAGGGAGGUUGUAACAGAAGAAACCAAGUCUGUAAAAAUUGACAAGGCUAUGGAAAAACAUAUUUCACUUCCCAGAGCUAGAGUGCGCACUAGUGCGAAAACAGAAACUGCCACAAUUCCAGAUGUAACAACUGUAUUGCCAGUUAUCACUACCACAUUCCUCCCUACUACAUCUGCUAGAAAUCUUAAUGUUGAUGAAGAGAUCAGUUCUACCACUACUCAAGCACCUUUGAUUUAUCAAGAUGAUGAUACCCAGGAUGAAACUCUUCUAGAAACCAUGGAACCCAGAAUUUCAGACACUGUUCAUUCAAAAACUCAACAAGUGAAACCUAUAGAGCUUUAUGAAGGCAAGAGAUUGAAUCCAAUUGUUAGAAAUCAUAAUCAGGAAGCUCAUACUGGAAGGAGAUUGGUUGAAAAGAAAAAGAAGAACUUGGAAAAUGUCACAGAUAAAAGUACAAACUCAGAGGAUAAGGUUGUUGUACCGGAGGUUCAUACAGUAAGAAAAGUUACCACAACUACUAGGAGGCCAAUAGUUGUAGCGCCCAUUCCAAAUAAUAGUGCAAGCUUGGAAAAUGUUGAUAAAACUCAAGUCACAAAGUCAGGAGAUAAGCCAAGUAUAACAGAUGAAAUAAAUGACAAGGAAACAAGACAGCAGAACAGUGGAUUGCAGCCAAUAAACAGGCAACGUCUGAGGAACAACCGGCCGAAAGUGGCACCUAAAACUCCUCAACCUGUCACAAAUGCCGAUGAGGGGACACAAACUGUCAAUGCUCAGAAAGAGCAGGCUGCUCAGACAACUGAACCCCCACCACAACAGAAAUCACACAUUGCAAACUUCAGAGGAAACUUUCUGAGAACAAGAAAUCGUAUUGGCAUGAUCGAAAAUAUAAUCAAGGACCAAAUGUUGAUGGAGCAUGCUGCAUUGAAGAGUCGAAUGUUGAGGAAUGCUGUGAGCAGUGGGAAAGAAUCAGCAGAUGCAAUAAUUGGGCAUCAACAUGACAUUAAAGUUGAUGAAGUAGAACAGUCAAGGGGAGGAGUUGACACUGAUGUUGAGCCAGUCAAGAAUGAUGGGCAAACUUCCAGUGACCAAGAUCUUGAAAGUGAAGGAUCAGAACCGAGACUUGAAAACAGACAGGUACCAAUUGGCUUCAAUCCACCAACAAGAAUGGAGAGAGGCUUUGUUCCAAUUGUAGGAGAGAACUUGAGGUCGACUUCAGCGUUUACCGAGGAUGGAGUGCCUGUUAAACAAUUAUUACUUCCCGAAGAAUCAAAACCACCUCCAAGUUUCAACGAAGUGCAGCCGCAAACGUUUCAAAAUAGCUUGAAGGUUAUAGGACCACUGCCCACUGGAUUCAGCCAUGAAACGCUGAGGUCUACAUCAGCACUCACCGAGGAUGGCAUCCCAGUAUCACAGUUUCAACUGCCAGACCAACUGAAACCAGCCGAAAGCUUCACUGAGAAUCACUCACUGUCUGAAAAUAGAAACUCCAAGUCUCUGCCACAAUCCAACGUUGAAGUAGUUCGCAUUAAUCAGCUGGAACUUCCAACAGAACUGAUUCCGCCGCAAACUUUCGCUGAAGUACAAGGGUCACAGAAGCAUGCAGAAGAAAUACGACAUGAGAUUCUACAAAAAGAUCCAAUAAUCACUAAGAGAACGCUGACAGAGCUAGUUCCACCUGUCCUUGAAGCAAUAUUUUUCAGGAGAACCUAUGAUGACACUCUGGUUGAAUAUAAUCAAGCGCUCAUGAAGUACAACGAUUACAUCAACACAUUUCUACAGCAGCAUCCUCUCAAUACAAGAGUACAUGGUGUGAAAAGUGUUUGAUUUUUUCGUGAUACAAGCUCAUCAAAUUAAUUACGACUUACUGACUUGACAUAUUAUAAUCAGUUCAUGAUGAUUAUUCAUUACAGUAAGUAAUAAAAACAUGAAAAUAAUCCAUUUUCAUUCCUUAUGGUGAGAAUGUGAUUUUUUUAAUGGAGAUGAAUGAUAAUAAUUUCCAUUCCAAUUAAUGAGAAUAAAAUCAAGCAUGUUUGUUUACCAUUCAUAAAAGAUCAAUCAUGAUCGUAUAAGAAUUAUAGUUGUAUUCUAUUUUUGAACUUUAAAGUGAAAUCACUUUUCCAUUUCUAAUGUUUAAGAAAGAAGUCAUAAUAUUUCCAUCUACUAAAUUUAGAAACAGUGAAUUGGUUUAAAGAAGGUCGAUUCUUAUCUUUGGAGAUUACAAAUUGAAUGAAAUUAUAUACGGUAGGCAGCUUCAGCAUUAUUUGAUGCUUUGAUACUGAUUUAAUCUUAAUCAUUCUUAUUCCAAAUACUCUCAUUCAACUGGCUUUUUUAUUAAUUCAAGAGUCUACUACUCACAUCUACUAACUCCAAGUUUAAAUAGGUUUUCUCACUUAUUUCCUAAACUGUAAUUGAUGAAGAGACUAAAACCUUCAAUGAUUAUUAAGUUAAUAAUUUCAAGUAAGUUCAAUAAAAUUGUAUGUAAAAUGUAGGCUGUAGAAUUAUUUGUUGAAACAUUUUGUUUUACUCGAGAUGAAUUGAAUUGAAAAAUAUAAUUUAGUAUAAUUAUUUAUAGGUAUGUAACUAAAAAUGUAAAUAAUAUGGUAGGUUUAUGUAAUAAUCAGAAUAUUGUCUAGUGUUGAAUGAAAUUUUGUAUUUUCAAGCAAAAGUAUCGUUAUUUGAACCUUCAAUCUUCCCCUGAAUACAGAAAUAAUCUAAUAACAAUUAUUAUCCCAAUCACAACGAUAUUGAUAACAAUUACAGUGAGUUAAAAACACUAUGAUAACAAUAAUUCUAUGAUAUUAUCUGCUAAAUAUUGGAUCUUUGAUAUUUACAAAUAACAAAUUUGAGAUUACAACAUUCAGCUAAAUAUUGCUACAUAUAUUACAUAUUAUUGAUACAUUGUUAUGAAUCGAGUUGUUCAACUGUGAUUUGAGAAGAAAAUAUAUAGUUUACUACUUUUUAUAAAUAACAGUUAUAAAUAAAGAGUUAUAUUCAUUUGUUUUUCUUUAAAAAAUUAAAAGCUGUUCUCCUUACAUUUAUGUGUUUGUCGACGUGAUACUACAUACUGUAAUUGGAUACAUUAUUAUUACUGUAUUCAAUUAUUUCAAUUACAAUUGAAAUUCAGUUACUCAGUUUUUCCAACUGUUUCUCAGUUUCAGGCGGCAGAUCAAUCUUCAGGUUGAUUAUCUAAAAAAUAAAAUAAAUAAAUUGUGAUACUUGAUAUGAGUAGAAAUGGUGGCAUUGAUAUAAUGGGAGUAAAUUGUGUAGCUUCUUAAGAUAUAGAUUAUUAUUGAUUAGCAUUUUAGAUACAACUAUUUAGGGCUGGUUUCCGAGCUCGGGAUUUGACUAAGUUCUAGACUUUAAACAGCUGGAGUCAGAAAAUUGACUUUCCGAAAUGGGGCGUAGUCGCAGUUUUUAUGAUAUUUAUUUUCUCAUUUCUAUAAUUGGAAAUGUUUUUCCUUGACGAAAUGAAACAUUCCUAAAUAAUUCAAAAUAGCUGAAACUUUACACUAUCUUUUUUUUUAUUUUGUGUUCAAUUUUCUAGUUUUUCGAAAUUUAAUUUAAACGUGGACUGCGACUACGCCCCGUUUUGGAAAGCCAAUUCUCUGACUCCAGCUGUUUAAAGUCUAGAGCUUAGCUAAAUCCCGAGCUCGUAAGCCGGUCCUUAAUCUUUUCACUCUUCUAAUCAAUCCUGAUUAAAAUUUCAAGUAUUUAAUAAUAAAUAUCUUUGAACUUUGAAUUUUAGUGAUAAUUAUAAGCCGUGAACUCUAUACUAUGUACUCUAUAUACAACUAUACUCUAGUAUAGAGUUCACUCAUAAGUGUUUUAAAAUAAAACCUUAUUCAGACUGAGUAUUAAAUAUCAAAAUUAGGGAGAGAAGAAGUUUUGGGUUUGUCCUUUUGAUUCUGUCCCAAUAACAGUAUUGAUUGUACCAGUCAAUGUUCUCUUUUAUAAUAAUAAAACAAUGAUCCUCAAAAAUUGA